CGUUGCGCAAAUAUAAUAUAUAUAUAUAUAUAUAUAUGCUCUUCCUAAUAUUGUCUUCAUGUAAGUGAUUUCCUAAGCAUGCGAAUUGUAUUAUAGUCACUUUGUGGAUAUUGAAUAAAACACAAAAUAGUGCAACAACUCGCUCUGGCGCAGGCCACCACUCGACUGUCCGGGAAGCGUAUGCUCCCCACCACUCGCCCCGCCAGAUGCUGAGCGGAUAUUUAUUAAUUACAAUAUACUACACGAAUAAUUGGAGUAUUUGAAAACUAAGGGGUGCAAGUUUAUACGAAAUGUUAAGAUCGACGUCUUCCAUUUAAAAGAAAAAGUAACUACCAGUAAAUGUCCUUCUUCUGGACUAAGUUCUCCUCUCCAUUUGAGGAGAAUGUUCGGAGCUAAUGCCACCCUGAUUAUUGCACUCAAGGGGAGUUGGAGGAUACUUUCGGGAAAAUGAAAAGCGAGAAAAAAUCACUAUCUUUGCGCAAAGAUAUUAUACACAACUUAAAUGUAGACAUGGAAGUUGACUUGGAGAGAGCGUUAGAACUAUGUGGCGCUGGAAAAUAUCAAGUAUUUCAUUGUGCUCUUAUGGUAGCAAUUCUUGGUGCAGCUAUACUGGAAAUGGUUGGAUGCUCUUUUAUCCUACCAGCUGCAGCUUGUGACCUUGACUUGUCUAAUAGCAUGCGAGGGAUUAUGACGUCAAUUCCAAAUAUAGGUGUUAUAAUAACCGCACCAUUUUGGGGCCGAGCUGCUGACACUUUUGGGAGGAAACCAGUUCUAUUGUUCUCUACUGCUAUAUCCGGGAUAAUUGGACUAAUUGCUGCGUUCAUGCCGAGCCUACUCAGUUUUGCUUUAUGCAAGUUCCUCGGUUCGCUUUUUCUCUCCUGUCCGUCGUCACUUGGUUUCGCGUACGUUGGAGAGUUAAUGCCAAAAAAACGACGAGAUCUCGCUGUACUAAUAUGUAACGCUUCUCUUAUGCUUGUUGCAUCGUUAUGUCCUAUUUUCGCUUGGGGCGUUCUCUCUUACGAUUGGUGGAACAGUCCCCUAAAGCUGCGUCCAUGGAGAGUUCUGACUGCGACGUACGUCGCGCCCCUAAUCCUUGCGGCGCUGUGGCUUACGCAGGCCAAGGAAAGCCCCAAGUUUCUUAUGACAAGAGGCAAGGAUAAGAAGGCAUUGGACGUCUUGCAGCACAUUUAUGCCUCUAACAGUGGUCAGCCAAAGGCUAAUUACUGUGUCACAUCUUUGAAGUUCUCAGCAGAGGAUAGCGAGAAAUCCUUUAGUCAUGGAAACUGCGAGCUUGGUGACGGUAUUAUGAAGAACUCCGCAUUCGCACUGCUCCGACCUCCUCACGUCAAAUGGUUAGCCUUGACAGGCUUCCUAAUGUUUGGGUUAUUUUCGUUAUUAAACGGAUUGUUUUUGUUCGCUCCUGAUACAAUAAACAAAAUGAUGACGCAUUCCUCCAACGAAUCGGUCACGAUAUGCACGCUGAUGAACCAACCAGAAAAUUUGACAUCAUCAGAUGAGUGUGUAGAUGAGAUAUCAUUUGCAACGUUCGAGGUCACCGUUGUGACGUCACUGAUUUAUGGCACACUGGUGAUGCUGAUCAGCCUCAGCCCUCUCGCAAAGAGAACAUCCCUGAUUGGCAUGUUCGUUCUUGUCAGUGCCACUUGUCUCCUAUCUGCUAUGACAACUAACAGGAUAAUCGCCGGAGUUUCAAUGUCUGCUCUGCAAAUAACCGCACUCGGAAUUGGUCCAUUAACGGCGUACUCCGUUCAGCUCUUCCCGACCAGCUUAAGGGCAACAGCAGUCGGAGCAGUUAUGAUGUUUGGACGAAUGGGAUCUGUAAUUGGCGCCAAUGUUACUGGAAUCUUCUUCGCUGGAGCAUGCGCAGUUAUUUUCUAUGUCUUCUCUGCGCUUCUCUUCCUUUGCGCCGGCCUCAGUUUCCUUCUACCCAAAGACAAACCAGCGAGCAACGAGCAGUGACGUGUCUGGAAUAAAACCUUUUUUAAAUAUAACUGAUGACCGCCUGUUAUCGUUAGGAGUAUUAAAAAAAAUAGGAAUAUUAAUGACACACGGUUGGAAAGAAGAUGCUUUUGUUACAUUAUAUUCUGUAUUAAAUGAAGUUAAUUAACAUGUUUAAGAAUAAUUAAAAUUGUUAUUAAAAAGUGUUAAUUAAAAAGAAAAUAAUUUUAUAUAAAACCAUCCACAAUCGAAAAUGACGCUUGGUUGCCUUUAACGCUUAUUCCUUACGUGACGGUUUCAGUCAGUUAACUCUACUGUUUAAGCCGCGUAAAAGAACUUCGUUCUAAAAUGCAGAAGUAAACUCUUAUAUUUUUAAAUUGAGAUUAAUCUAUAUAAUUUCCCCCACACAAAAGCUACGAGUUAGUUCUCUUUAUGUGUUUUAUUGCGUGUUAUUUAUUCAAGUGUAAUUAUUAUUAAUUGGUAUAAUACAUUGUACGCAAAAACACAGAAUAAUGUUGUAUUAAAUGAUAUCAAUAUACUUAUUAUA